UUCAACGAAAAUCCCAUGCGCCACACGUUGUGGACUCCCUAUUUGUCUUCUUACACUUCCAUCCUUAGUCCCAAAUUCCACUCCCAGUCUUUUGAGUGCCAGGUCUCUCUGCCCAAUGCCCAUUACUAUUGUGAUCAUGGCUUGCUCCUCAUCAACAACAAUAUGGAAAACAAAAACAACAUAUGACUACCCUGCUUCCAAAAUCUCAUGCUACUUCAAUAACAGUAACUCCUCCUUCUCCACCAAACCACUUCGUUUCACUGCUUACUCGUCUGACUCCUCCUCAUCACUAACACAAUCUUCUUCUUCUUCUUCUUCAACAUCCUCUUGUUCUUGUUCAACUUAUUAUUAUGCAGCUACUCCCAGAUAUAUAAGAAACCAGAAAUCUCCAGAGAAUGAAAGGACCCAUGAUGUCACUUUCUCUAUUGUACAUACUGAUGGUUCCAAUAUAUUUGAGCAGAAGAUAAACAAAGCUAAGGCUCACAAUUCUUUGAACAGGGGAUUGAAAGUGAUUGCAAAGAAGCGGCCUUUGUGGCGAAAAUUUUGGUUUUCUUCCAAGAAGAUGAGGAGUAUUAUCUUGCUCAACGUCAUUACUGUCGUCUAUGCAAGUGACAUUCCGAUUGUGAAAGGUGUUGAAAUGAGUAUGGACCCAGCGACCUUCUCUGCAGUGCGAUUUGUUGUCUCAGCCAUCCCAUUUUUGCCAUUUGUCUUUCGCGCUCGAGAUGAUAUUAAAACCCGCAAUGCAGGGAUGGAGCUGGGAUUGUGGGUUAGUUUAGGGUACCUUAUUGAGGCAAUUGGUCUACUUACAGCUGAUGCUGGGCGUGCAUCAUUCAUUUCAUUGUUUACGGUUAUAGUGGUUCCUUUGCUUGAUGGCAUAUUAGGAGCCUAUAUUCCUGCCCGUACCUGGUUUGGAGUUCUCAUGUCUGCUCUUGGGGUUGCUAUGCUGGAAUGUAGUGGAUCUCCUCCAAGUGUUGGAGAUCUUUUGAACUUUUUAAGUGCAAUAUUUUUUGGAAUUCACAUGCUUCGAACUGAACAUAUAUCAAGAAGCACAAAGAAAGAGAACUUCCUACCACUUCUUGGAUAUGAGGUGUGUGUUGUUGCUCUGUUAUCCACAAUCUGGGUUUUAAUUGGAGGAUGGUUUGAUGGUGUUAAUGGCUUUGACCAAUCAACAUGGACAUGGACAAAACUAUGGGAUUGGAUUGUCGCAUUUCCAUGGAUGCCUGCUCUAUAUACUGGCAUAUUCUCUACCGGAUUAUGCUUAUGGGUGGAGAUGGCAGCCAUGCGUGAUGUUUCAGCAACAGAAACAGCAAUAAUUUAUGGACUGGAGCCACUCUGGGGUGCAGGUUUUGCAUGGUUUCUCCUUGGUGAAAGGUGGGGUAUGAGUGGAUGGAUUGGCGCUGCUCUUGUGCUAGGGGGAAGCUUAAUGGUACAGAUGUUUGGAUCUUUACCAAUCAAUAAACCUAUUGAGGUUGAAGAGGCUAAUCAGAAAGGCAAUCUUCUACUAGUUCCAGAAAAGCAAAAAGUGCAAAGUGCUCUCUCUACUUCACCAGUUGUUGUCAGGACCAAGAAGGACGUAAUAGAUUUGUUGUAGUGAUCCCUUCUAGUGAUCUCUAAUGUUUGUUUUUUUAGAUAAAUCUCUGGAAGAAGCAUAAAUCUAAAGGUGUACAUAUAAAGGUUUUUUGUAGUUAGUAAAUAGUAAUCUAUUAUGUUUGUUCUCGUGAUGGCGCAGCCAUAGCAUGGUUAGGAAAAAAAAUAUCCUCUUUGAAAGGCUAAGGCUAAGGCAGAGCCCAAAAAUAAGUGUCCAGAUUAUGCGCUACCAUAUUGCCCUCCCUCUUAGUAUGAGAAAAGUUUAACCAAAGAAAAGAAUUAGAAAAACAUUUUGCGUCUCUGAUGAAGGAGCCAAAACCAGCCCGAGGAAGAGGUUCAUCUGUCAGAGCUUGAAACACAACCAAAGAAUCACCUUAAAGAACAGCUUGAGUCACUCCAAGCUCCAAAGCAAAUUCCAAUGCUCUCGCAGCAGCUGCAGCUUCAACUUCAAUAGCAGUAAAGAGCUGGGGGAUUACUUGGGACAUGGAAGCUAUGACUAAGCCAUGUGAAUCUUGGAUUACUACACCAAUUCCAGAUUUAUGGAAUUCCUGGAAAACAGCCCCAUUGUAGUUAAUCUUGAACAAGUUUGGAGGAGGAGCUUGCCAAAGGGUCCUUGGGCAGUGUUGGGGACUUGGCCUGCUAGGUGUAAGCUCGACGAACUCAUCAUACCUUGUUUUAGCCAGUUGAGAGAGCUGAUUAAUGGGGCAGCAGGGUCUUGAAUUCCAAGAUUGGUUCCUGUGAUUCCAUGUCGCCCAAACCUGCAUUGCAAAGAUUUCUAAAUUGUUGUUAGAGUCGAGGAUAAACUGAACUACCUCUUUGAAGCUUGAGAAAAUGUGGCCGUUUCUAAAAUUCCAGUUUCGCAGAGCAUUCCACACUGCAUCCAAAUGAGAGCGAGUCCAAAGGCCAUGAAGAGCAUCCUCUGGGGCUUGUGAGCAUCUUUCGCACAGUGGAUCAGUGAUGAUUGUUCUACGGACCAAGUUGGUUUUGGUGGGGAUAACAUCUUGGCAAGCUCUCCAAAGUAAAUUCUUGACUUUAUUUGGAGUUGUUCAAAGACCAUAUACCUUUCCACAAGGACUGGUCCGUAGCAGCUGGGGAGGGUUGUAGCUGAAGAUCCGAAUGUUUACAGAGAAAACGAUAUCCAGACUUACAAGUAUGAUCUCCAUUCUGAGUAAAUGACCAAAAUAACGUAGCUACAAUUUACAAUGAGUUCUAUCCGAUUAUGCAUGAAAUAGUGGGGGCCUGGUUUAUGGUGACAAGUGGUUGAAGAGGUAAGGGUCUGGUUGAGCUAAAGCGUCUGCUGGAUAAGGCUGCUACAGAGAGUAGUAAAGGCGUUUGACAUGCAUGGAUAAGUCUGAACGAAGCUGCUUCAAGAUGUUUUUGGAACCUUUUUUUAAGUGUUGAACACUUUCUAGUGGAAAUGAACAUGUCCUCCUUCCCAAAAAUGCUUCAACUCAAACGGAAAAUGUUCCCUCAUCUUCAGUUACUCAAAUGAUCAAAUUGGUUUUCACAGUA